GCUGAAAUCAACACUGGGUUGUCUCCAUCCAUUUUGUUUUAGUGAAAAAAGAUUGUCAAAGUAACAGACGCGUAUUAAACAAAAUUAACAUUGCAGUGUAAUUAGUGAGACAUUUAGCAUAUUCCAUACACACACACAACCCAAACCUAAAUUCAACGAGUGCAAAGCAAUGGCACAAAACAUCAGCCCGGAACAGAGUGGUGCUGGUGGCAGUAGCAAACACAACGAUGACUCGCUGCCAGUCAAAGACAAUCAUGCUGUGAGCAAAAGACUGCACAAGGAACUCAUGAAUCUAAUGAUGGCCAACGAGAAGGGCAUCUCAGCAUUUCCGGACGGCGAGAACAUCUUUAAAUGGGUCGGCACCAUCGCUGGCCCCAUAAACACCGUGUACGCAAGUCAAACAUAUCGUUUGUCUCUAGACUUUCCCAAUUCGUAUCCGUAUGCGGCGCCAGUGGUUAAAUUCUUGACACCAUGCUUUCAUCCCAACGUCGAUCUGCAGGGCGCCAUCUGUCUCGACAUCCUCAAAGAUAAGUGGUCGGCGUUGUAUGACGUACGCACCAUUUUGUUGUCCAUACAAUCGCUGCUGGGCGAACCAAACAAUGAGAGUCCACUAAAUGCGCAGGCCGCUAUGAUGUGGAAUGAUCAAAAUGAGUACAAAAAAUAUCUAGAUUCGUUCUAUGAGAAGCACAAGGAUACCUAAAAUACCAAUUACUACUACCAAUACCAAUACCAAAAAUGGAAAAAAAAAACAUUGAGUAAACAACAACAAGAACAACAACUGGUAGCGACACUUCUCCAUUUCUCAUUCUCAUUCUAUGCUCAUAUUGCGG